AUGUACAUCUGCCUUGAUGCUUGUAAGAAGGGCUUCAAAGCUGGUUGCAGGCCCUUAAUUGGCUUGGACGGUUGCUUUUUGAAGAGCUAUUAUGAAGGUCAACUAUUGAGUGCUGUGGGUGAAGAUGCAAACAAGCAAUUUUAUGUGAUUGCCUAUGCCGUGGUUGAUAGUGAGACAGAGAAAAAUUGGAAGUGGUUUUUGACCUUAUUACAGGAAGAUUUAGGGGAUCAUGGAGGACUUGUCCCAGCCUUGAAGGAAAUUAUGCCAGGUUCACACCACAGGUUAUGUGUACAAUAUGUAUGGAAGAACUUCAUCAAGCAAUGGAAGGAUAAAGAGACAAGAGGAAUUGUGUGGGAAUGUGCUAGAUGCACCACUGUUCCCCAAUUUGAGAAGGUCAUGCUAAGGCUGAAGACUCUAAACGAACCAGCUUCGAAGUAUCUUGACAAUAUACACCCUUCAUGUUGGGUUAAGGCAUACUACAGUCACUGGCCUAAAUGUGACAAUAUUACAAAUAAUAUGGCUGAGGUGUGGAAUCCAAAGAUUGUGAAUUAUAGGUCCAAACCUAUAAUGACAUUAUGUGAGGAAUUGAGGUGCUACAUAAUGCGAAGGAUGGCAGCACACAAGAGGAUUCUACAAACCUUUAGGGGUAAGAUUGCACCUGCACAGCAGAAGAGGCUGGACCAGUUGAAGGUUGCAAGCAAUUCUUGGACACCAACAUGGACUGGAAACUUGGUCCAACAUCUGUAUGAAGUAUCUGGAAAGGGUCAACGUGUUAGGGUGAAUUUAACUCAACAAUCUUGUAGUUGUAAUGUUUGGCAGCUGACUGGAUUGCCUUGUGAACAUGCCAUUGCUGCCAUUGCACACAAGAAUGAACCUGUGGAAAAUCAAGUUCACCAAUGGCUGACAGUGGAUGCUUUGCAUGCCACUUAUGAACACAUCCUCAACCCAGUCAAUUCCCAACAAUAUUGGCCAGCUUGUGAUGCCCCAAAACCACUUCCUCCACGCUUGAAAAGGCUUAUUGGAUGUCCAAAAAAGCAUAGGAAGAAGGAUCCCACUGAAGAGCUUAUGAAGACCAACAAGAAGAUUACAAAGACUUACACAGUUCAAUGCUCCAAGUGUGGUGAGACUGGUCAUUACCCGAAGACAUGUAAGGGACCUGCUGGUGGUUCAAAGUCCAAGACAAAACCGGUUAAUGUUUUAAGUAGGCCAAUCAAGGACAGUUGA